AUGGCUGCCGGCCUCGGAGCACGAAUGAGCCAAACUUUCCUGGAAACCACUACGCUGGAUAUCGAUCGCACCAUACUGUGGACCGACUCCCGAACUGUACUGUCGUGGCUUCAGUCAGAUCAGUUCAAAUACAAACAGUUCGUCGCCUUCAAAGUGGGGGAGAUACUGGAAGUAACCAACAUGAGGGACUGGCGAUGGGUACCAACUAAACAGAACAUCGCGGAUGUGCUCACGAAAUGGGGCCGUGGACCUCCGUUGCAAAACGAUUCGGAUUGGGUGAAUGGUCCGAAGAUGCUGUUUCUACCGCCCAACCAGUGGCCCAUUAUCGAUCAACUCGAGGAAACUACCGAAGAGGCAAGAGGUUUAGUGACGUUCCAUGAAGUGGUCAACGUGAGUGCUGUUUCUCGAUGGACGAAACUGGUGCGGGUAACCGCUACCGUGGCCCGGUUCGUCGCCAACUGUCGCCGGAAAAAGGCCGGUAAGCCAACAUUGACUUCGCAGGCUACGGCUCAUCAUCUACGAUUAAUAAAAGCACGGUUUUCCACGAUUCAGCAACCUCUUCAACAAGAAGAGCUUCGACUAGCAGAGAUAAUCCUUUGGAAGCAGUCGCAAUUCGCCAGUUUUCCGGCUGAGAUGGAUAUACUUACAGCAAAUCUCGAGCUAGAAGCGGGUGAGCCACCGAAGAAAAUCGAGAAAUCCAGCAUUCUGUACAGACGUUCUCCAAUCCUGGACACUGAAGGGGUGUUGCGAGUACGAGGAAGGAUAGAGUCCAAUGAAGCGAUCCCGUUCGACAAGAAAUUCCCUAUCAUCCUAUCGGGGAAACAAGAGAUAACGCAGAAGCUAAUUCUACAUUACCACGAAAAAUACGGUCAUGCUUACAGGGAGACCGUGUUCAAUGAGCUCCGUCAGAAAUUCUGGAUCCAGAACGCACGUACAGCGAUUCGACGAGCGACCGAGGCAUGUGUGUGGUGCAAGGUGAAUCGAUGUGUUCCGGCUGCUCCCUUGAUGGCACCGUUACCCGUUCAACGCACCACUUCUCAUCUUCGACCAUUUAGUGCAGUAGGUGUCGAUUAUUUAGGACCAGUAGAGGUAGCCAUAGGUCGGCGGAUAGAGAAGAGAUGGGUAGCGGUUUUUACGUGCAUGGCUGUGAGGGCUGUGCAUUUGGACGUAGUGUACCGUUUGAGCUCGCAGUCCUGCCUGAUGGCUAUCAGACGUUUCUCGAGCAAGCGAGGCACUCCCGAACACAUAUUCUCCGACAACGCUACGUGUUUCCAUGGAGCGAACACCGUGAUGACCAAGGAGAUCGAGAAGAUCCACAAAGAGUGUGCGGAAAGGGUCACUUCGUCCAUCACAGCCUGGCAUUUCAACCCUCCCGGUACACCACACAUGGGCGGUGUCUGGGAGAGGAUGGUACGGUCCGUCAAAGAAGCUUUGAGGGUCCUGGAUGACGGGCGGAGGUUGACUGAUGAGAUUCUCAUCACGGCCUUGGCAGAAGCUGAGGAUUUAAUCAAUACCCGACCACUCACUUAUAUUCCACAGGAGUCCGCCGAUGAAGAAGCUCUAUCACCAAACCAUUUCAUCCGUGGAACAGUGACCAAAGAAGGCGCAGUUUUGGACAACCCGGAUCAAUAUUAUGAAGCUUUGCGCAACAUGUAUUACCGAUCGCGGGGCCUGGCCAGAAAAUUUUGGGACCGGUGGUCGCAGGAGUACUUGCCGACUCUUAAUCAUCGCCCGAAAUGGUUCGAGGACACGAAGCCACUGGAAGUCGGAGAUCUAGUCUUCCUGGUGGAAGGCAAGAACCGGAAGUAUUGGAGACGAGGACGCGUACAGGCAGUCGUAAAGGGAGCCGAUGGAAGAAUACGACAAGCGGAAGUAAGAACAGCGGAUGGUAAAGUGUAUCGACGAGGCGUGGCUACUCUGGCGGUGAUGGAGAUACAGGAUGGUAAAUCCGGAAGUACAGAAAGCUCUACCGGAUGUUACGGGCAGGGGAAUGUUCGCAUCACCGGGCAUCAACUGUAG